GACCAUCUCUAACCCAUCUGUUUGCGAAAAAAGGAUUGUAUUUUGGAAUUGGCCAGUAAAUUAUAAGUAAUAAUGAAUCUUAUAAGCGGCAUAAAGUUGUACAUUGAGAAAAUGUGCUCCGAGUCGGGACCAGGCAUGAAAAUCAUCCUGCUGGACAAGGAGACGACCAGUAUCAUUUCGAUGGCCUUUAGCCAGUCGGACAUGCUGCAGAGAGAGGUCUAUCUGUUCGAGCGCCUGGACUCGGGAAGAUCCAACGAGCGGCUAAAGUACCUCAAGUGCAUCGUCUUCAUUCGCCCCACCAAGCAGAAUAUCCAACUGCUGGCCAAUGAGCUCAGGAAUCCCAAAUACAGCGCGUAUUACAUAUAUUUCAGCAACAUCAUUCCGCGGACCGACAUCAAGUACCUGGCCGAGUGCGACGAAUCCGAGUCGGUGCGCGAGGUUAAGGAGCUCUAUGCGGACUACCUGUGCGUCAAUCCCAAUCUCUUCUCCCUGAACAUUCCCAAUUGCAUGGCGAACCUUAAUUGGCUGCCGGAUGCACUGAGCCGCAGCAUGCAGGGCAUCACAGCUGUGCUGCUUUCGCUGAAACUUAACCCAGUGAUCCGCUACCGAGCGGGUUCCCAGGCAGCCCAGCUCCUGGCCAAGCUGAUCUACGAGCAGAUCACCAAGGAGUCGUCGCUGUUCGACUUUCGGUCCAACAUGGAUGGCGCUGCGCCGCCGCUACUCCUCGUGCUGGACCGCAGAGAUGACCCAGUGACGCCGCUGCUCCAUCAGUGGACCUACCAGGCAAUGGUUCACGAGCUGCUGCACAUCAAAAACAAUAGAUUGGAUCUCUCCAAUCGGCCCAACGUACCCAAGGACUUCAAGGAGCUGGUUCUAUCCGGCGAUCAGGACGAGUUCUAUGGCAACAACAUGUACGCCAACUACGGCGAGAUCGGAUCGACCAUCAAGCAACUGAUGGAGGAGUUCCAGCGGAAGGCCAACGACCACAAGAAGGUGGAGAGCAUAUCGGACAUGAAGAACUUCAUUGAAUCGUAUCCGCAGUUCAAGAAAAUGUCCGGCACCGUGCAGAAGCACUUGUGCGUGAUUGGCGAACUUUCGGCGCUGAGCAACAAGCGGAAUCUCUUCGAGGUCUCUGAGCUGGAGCAGGAGAUCGCCUGCAAGGCCGAGCACUCCGCUCAGCUGCAGCGUAUAAAGAAACUGAUUGCGGACGAACGUGUCUCCAUCGACGAUGCCCUUAAGCUGGUGGCACUCUAUGCGCUGCGCUACGAGCGACAUGCCAACUGCGACACAUCCGGAUUGCUGCAGAUCAUUAAGACGCGCGGAGGUCGAGCCGCUGUGGUGCCCUCGCUGAUCGAGUAUGCCGGAACCCAUGUGCGCCAGGGAGAUCUGUUCAACAUGGUGCGAAUCACGGAUGCCGUGAAAUUGACCCGAAAUCUGAUAAAAGGCCUUAAGGGAGUGGAGAAUGUUUUCACGCAGCACACUCCCCUGCUAAAGGAGACGCUCGAGGAUGUGUUUAAGGGUCGCGAACUGGAUCCCCUCUUUCCGGCCAUCAAUUCGGAGCUUGUGCCAUUCCGACGACCACCGCAAGAGGUGGUGGUCUUCAUCAUUGGCGGAGCCACGUACGAGGAGGCCUUGGCCGUGCAUCAAAUGAACAAUACCGGGUAUAAGGUCAUCCUGGGCGGCACCACCAUCCACAACUCGCAGAGCUUCAUCCAAGAGGUCAUGGCCGCCACCAGCGGCAUCCAAUUUAAGCACACCAAAUCCAUGAUCAAGUACUGCUCCACGGAUAAUAUUUAAAUGCCUAAUUUGACUAGCCCCAAUUAUACUGUUAACUAUUUAUUAACUACAUAUGUAUGUGCAAAGUCCAUUUUCUAAGCAAUCCUGCAUUCAAGUCAACUGCAAAACUGUUUUGAAGUUUUGUUUUUUAAGCUUAUUCCAAACAUUAUUCUACCCAUUGCAAUUCAUUGGACUAUAUAACCCUUUAAGCGUAUUCCAUGUAAUAUAUUUGUAAACAUAUUUAUUAUUGUGCUCGAGGGUAUUUCGAGGCAAGGCCUGAAACAAAGUGUAUUAUAAUCA